AUGGCUUCAUCUGCCGAGAAUACAACACCAUUGAAUGCUGGUCCUACACCAGAAAUGAGUGAAGAAGCAAAGUUGAGAGCUAAAUAUGGGGGUGCACUUCCUCGACAACAAAAUAUGUUAACAAAAAAAUUAAUGAAUAAGCCGAAGUAUUUCGAUUCUGGUGAUUAUAAUGUUGCAAAAGCACAAGGAAAAUUAGCGUCUAGUAAACCAGAUUCAACAAACAGAACGACUAGUAUAAAAGAAGCAACACAAACGAUUGUACCUGAAACGAUAACUGGUCAUGAAAUUCCAACACCUGAAACAGUUAUGCCAAGAAAAUUGUCGUGUGCUGCAACAAUGACACCUACAUCAACACCAACCAUAGCGAGUAGUUCUAUGCCACCACCAUCCACACAAUAA